AUGAGGACAACAGGAGAGCUGCACAGCCACUUGAUGAUGAUCCAGACGUAUCUCCGCUGCACAGAGGACGUUGACGCCCAGUCGGUCCGCCCCAUCCGCGUGCAAUUUGACGCCACGGCCGCGAGCUUUACCGCGUACCUUACCAAGUACCACACAAAGCACUUGGCGUCUCGCUUGGUCCACCUUCGAGCGAUCUGCAAGGAAAAGCGGCGCAUCGCUGACGCCAUCGAGCGCAUACACGCACUGAUUCACGCGCCCAGUGCAACAGCACUUGGGACCUUUCGGACGAAAUCGAUCGCCAGACGCGCGUGUUCGCCCGGCACGCCAACGUCACGUUUGACAAAGCACGACACGACGUAUACCUACGACAGCACUUCGGACACGAGUUCGUUCCACGACGACGAGAUCGGUAACGACGACCGCUUGUCAAACGACGACGACGACCACUUGUCGCACGACGAUACAGUAGGACCCGUGAGCCAUAAUUGCCUGACGUCGCUCGAGGUCGAGAAAAAGGACCGCGUGGCAUGUGCUGUGUGGGCGGAUCCGUGGGACGCGACGCUGCGCGACGUUUGGAUCCCUCGCGAACAAGUGGUUCUGGACGCGUUUGUCACGCGGGGGGCCUACGGCGAAGUCUACCGUGGCACGUACAAGGGACAGACUGUUGCCGUAAAGACAAUGAGUGACAUGGACCGGUCGUUGCAAGAGAUCCAAAUGGCCGUCCAGCUCCGCCACCCGAACAUUGUCCACUGCAUUGGCGUCGCGUGGAACUACCAGCGCGACAUGUGCUGCUGCGUCAUGGAGUUCAUGGCCGGCGGCGACUUGCGCACGCUGCUCGAUCACUACUCGCACGACAGCGUACAGUACGCACUGGGCUUUGACUUUCAAAAGCUCCUGAUCGCCUACCAAGUGGUACGGGCGCUUGUUUACAUGCACUCGCGAGCGGCGACCGUCAUCCAUCGCGACCUCAAGUCCAAGAACAUUCUGCUCACGCGCGACUUGGACGCCAAAGUGACGGACUUUGGCCUCUCGCGACGGUGUGCAGUGGUCGGCCCCAUGACGGCCAACGUCGGCACUUCGCUGUGGAUGGCGCCCGAAGUGAUGCUCGGGAAGCCCUACAACGAGACGGCCGACAUGUUUUCCUUUGGUGUGGUCCUCUCGGAACUGUCACUGCACGCGCUGCCGUACGCCGCCCAUAGCCAAGUCGAGGCGGGUGGAAAUUCCCACUUGGUGAUUCUCCGCCGCGUCGCCACGGGCGACUUGUGCGUGGACUUUGCCGAGGCGGGUCCGCCGGCCGUGGUCCAAUUGGGUCGGGCCUGUGUUUCGAUGGACGUCACGGAGCGGCCGACAGCCGUGGAAGCUAUGCGCGUGCUCCAUGCGGCGCUCGUCGAGGAUGCACGGAUGGAGGUUAUGAAGACAUGCAGUGGAUAA